AUGGAAUUAUUAGCCAGACAACAACAAAUUGGCGAGACGUUAGAACAGUAUGCAAUUAACAUGAUGGCCUUGUUUAAACGUGUAGCAAUUGCAGGGAACCUGUAUCCAGAAAUAACAAAGAUUCGAAUGUUUGUAAAAGGACUUCAUCCUGAAUUAGCAUCGGCAAUUAGACCCUUCAUGUUUAAUUCGCUAUACGAAGCCAUUGAUCAAGCCCGAAG